AUUGGUUCUGGGGAACUUGUUUUUGACCACCCGAAGUCUGCAGAGGGCUCUCCUCCCGGUGACGGCAUUCUGGGCUGCGACCACGAACUGGUCCUUUCGCUUCCAGUCUCGGCACGCUUGUCACAUGGUUGAAUUGUGUUCCUUCUUGCUCAUCGCCCAAGCGAUUGCGCAAUUGAUCUGUGUUCCCCAGAGUAACCUCUUCGGCCAGUUGAUGUUUGUUGUUUCCAUUGCCACAUCUUGGGUGUAUAACCUGUGGUUCUUAUCUUUCGAUAAGGCAGGAAUUCGACAGGAGAUCUUUCGCAGCGUUCUAGGUUCGCCCAAGCUCGAAAAAUUCGUCUUUCCCAAUCGCUCCAGCGCGAUAGUAUCACUUCUCCUCUUGUCUGGCGAUAACCAGAAGCUUUCUGGUGAUUCGGAGAAAUUGAAAAAGAUAAUGGAUGCCCUCCUGCCGUCGGGUGCUUUGGUGUGGGAGACAUGGAAAAAGAUCAUUAUCCAACGUCUCCAAGAUGGACUACCCCUCCGUUUUGAGGAAAGUGACUGGAACCGUCAGGGUUUGACCUUCGAACCCGAUAGGUUGUUAUUGGAGACUCUGUUGAAAGAUGCUGAGGCGGCUUACGUCGCUCUCAGCAACGGCCAGUAAUGUCGCUUGCUACCAUCAUCCUCUGUGCCUGUCUUCUUCUAUUUAUUCUAGCUCCCUUACAUCCUGUAUCUGUUUCUGUAUUCUUACCGUAGGCUUGUACAGACGCUAUGAUAUAGUGCAAAAUGCACACUUCGUUGAGGU